UUUUGUGACAACAGAAGUCUCGUGUUAAUUUGCUGAGCGCUACGGUAUAUUUAAUUACAGAAUGGAUAAAACUGUCAGUUUACCACAACAACCCAACAAAACCACCACGGAAACUGUUUACACUAGAUCUUACGCCGCCAAAAAUCACCUCCAUGCUGUGCAACAGGAUUUUACAUGUCAACACUUUUAAUAUUAUAGUAACUUUGGUGGAGACGAACAGUAACCCGAGUGGAAUAGUAUUGGUUAGUCCCUACCAAACUAACCGGGUUGGGGAUCCCAUGGAUCUAGUUGCUCUGGCACAGCAAGUACAAAAGGGAGAUGAAUUUAUCAGAGCCAAUGCUUGCAACAAACUUACAGUGAUUGCUGACCAGAUAAGAUACCUUCAGGAGCAAGCAAGAAAGGUUUUAGAAGACGCUAAGAAAGAUGCUGAGCUUCAUCAUGCUGCCUGUAAUGUUGUAAAGAAACCUGGAAACAUGUAUUAUCUGUACAUGCGUGAAUCCGGACAACGGUACUUCUCGAUUCUGUCUCCACAGGAAUGGGGUCCUAGUUGCCCUCACAAGUUCCUUGGCGGAUACAAACUCCAACAUGACAUGUCUUGGACGCCACUAGAGGAGGUUAAAAAGCGUGAUGCUGAAAUUGGCAUCAUGGACAAACUGUUGAACAGUCAAACUGCUCUACCGGACUGUACGGAGCCUAACUUUGAAGGUCUUUCAAAGUGAAAGCACACAGCUCACUCACGGACUGUCUUAUCUUGUCACGGAGGCCACUUCAUCUUAAAAAAAAUAUUAAAUGUUUACUAAUUUAAUGGGUAAAUAAAAUCUAAAAUCUUCAGCAAACAGGAAACUUUGCUUUGUCACUAAAACUGGAACUGUAAAUCAUGCAUUCAAUCAUGCAUUUAAUGUCUUUAUGCUCAGAUUGAAAUAUUGCUGUCGAUUUUAUGUUGGGAAUUUUGUUUUCAUUAAAUCAUAUAUUCAAGUA